GAGCGCGAGCGCCUCGCGCGAGAUGUUUGGAGCGUCUGUCAAAAGCGCCGUCAACGGGUCGUCGCUGAUGCACGCGGAAUCGGAGUCGGCCGACGCGAAGGAAAAGAGUCUCCCGGUGGUCCGCGGCUAAUCGAGCCGUUCCGGGUUGCACCUCUCCGCUCUCGCCCGUUGAGAAUCGGGAACAACGGGUCACAUCGGUCGCGGAACAGCGGAACGGCGGAACGACCACUUUGUGCACAUUGGAUUCGUCUGACCGAAACCUGCGCCUCGCGAGAGAUACCUACAGAGAAAUUACCUCCAAGUUAAAUUCCCUUUCUCUCUCUUUCGAGAAGACGGAACGGGACGCUCGGAAUAAGUUACAAACUUGCUGGGGUGCGGGACUCUAAUUCGCAUCAACUAUGGCACAGGACAGUCCAGCUCCGAAACCUGCGGAGCAAUUCAAACUUAUACCAAAAAUCAUAAACGGUGGCAUUGCCGGAAUUAUUGGAGUAUCCGUGGUGUUUCCGCUCGAUUUGGUUAAAACAAGAUUACAAAAUCAGGUUGUUGGCCCGAAUGGCGAACGCAUGUAUAAGUCAAUGCUUGAUUGCUUUAAAAAGACUUACAAGGCAGAGGGCUAUUUUGGAAUGUACAAGGGAUCCGCUGUAAAUAUAUUAUUGAUCACACCCGAGAAAGCGAUCAAGCUUACUGCCAAUGAUACAUUUAGACAUUAUCUUUCCCUUGGGCCUGGACAACAAUUGCCAAUAGAACGUGAAAUGCUUGCCGGUGGCUUGGCAGGAGCAUGCCAAAUAAUCGUUACCACUCCGAUGGAACUGCUUAAAAUACAAAUGCAAGACGCUGGCAGAGUCGCCAUGGCAGCUAAGGAAGCGGGUAAAGCAGCGCCAAAGGUAUCCGCUUGGGCGUUAACGAAAGAUCUAUUUAGGAAGCGAGGUAUACUGGGGCUAUAUCAAGGGACCGGCGCCACUGCACUCAGAGACGUUACAUUUUCCGUUAUUUAUUUCCCACUGUUCGCCAGACUGAAUGGUCUCGGGCCAAAGCGGGAAGACGGUUCAUCCGUAUUCUGGUGUUCAUUCCUUGCCGGAUGCGCCGCCGGCUCUACGGCCGCAUUAAUGGUGAAUCCAUUCGACGUAAUCAAAACUAGACUGCAAGUUAUCAAAAAAGCACCUGGUGAUCCAACGUACAAUGGAGUAUGGGACUGUAUAUCGAAGACAUUUAAAAACGAGGGAUCUACGGCGUUUUUCAAAGGCGGCGCUUGCCGAAUGAUUGUCAUAGCGCCGUUGUUCGGAAUUGCACAAACCGUCUAUUAUCUCGGCGUGGCUGAGUGGCUGCUGGGAUUGAAGUGAAAUCGCCAUAUCGCCGAUUCGUGCCGUUCAAUUCUCUGGGAAACUGACAAUAAUCGUUGUAGAUCGUAGUUGUAUUUUUGCUUGAGAUUUUUGCUCUCCGUCGUCGUAAUACGGAUGUUGCUGUUAAAUGAGAUUUCACGAUCGCUUAUAUGUAACAAAAAGUAAGAAAGAAUACGUUAAUUGAAAUUAUCGUGAUUUUCGCAGGUCGCGAAUUAUGACAGAUUUAUAUAUAACUGAAUGAAAUAUAUCUUUAUCUUUUAUGUCCAUAUCCGUAAAGUGCAUUAAAAUUACUAAUCAAAUACAACGGAAUCAAUGUACGUUUCGUCUAAUACAUUGUGUUCUUGCAACGCAGAAUUAUAUCGCUGCGUUGACGAAUGUAUUGAGACAUCGAAUUAUUAGGAAAACAUGGAAUUGCAAAUAUUUCGCAGCUGUACCAAUUACAUGUUAUUCAAUUUGUAGGUCGUUCAUGCAUUUUUUCAUAAUAAUAGCGUUUCUUCAUCUCUUCCUCGUAUCUUAUAGACUCAAUAAAUUGUAUGCGAGUUCCACGAAAUAUGUUCGUUGAUAGACAUACGUCGAGAUCAUCGUUAUUAUAUCUACCAGACUAGCCAAUUAUAGUCAAUUAUAUGUAUACAUUAAAGAUAUUAAGCAGACUCAACGUGAUAUUUUUAAAAUAGUUUACGUUAAGCAUAAUAGAAUACCUUGGCAUAAUAGAAUAUUUUGUUAAAGAUCAUGUUUGUUACCUAGUUUUCUUAAUUUUAAUCUCAUGUCACGAAUAAGCAAUCUUUAUGGCCAUAUGUAAUAUAAAUUAUAAAUAAAAAUAUUACAGAAUCUUUAAAGCAACUGUAA